CAGCUCUGCCAUCGAGACCCUCAAGGCCAUGCUGAGCCAGGGAGGCAGCGAGUCAGUCAGCCGUGCUGUGACGGAGGACGGAGGCUGGGAGCUGCUGCGGAACCCGGACAGGCACUACGACGGAGUGGCCUUCCUGGCCAGGGCCAUGGCGAAGCACGCGGGGCCCAAACUCCCUCUGAUCGUGAAGCUGCUCUCACCGAUGCUGAACAGCAUCUACGACAGCCAGCGGGUCACCACCACCGCCUACUUUGCAGAGCUGCUCAACAGCAACGUGGUGAACGACCUGAUUCUUCUGGAGACUCUGAUGGACAGCAUGACAGCCCGGCUGAGGGACUCCUCCACGGCGGUGCGGAUGCUGGCCCUUCGUGGAUUGGGGAAUGUCGCUUCGGGCUCCCCAGAGAAGGCGAGGAAGCACGGGGCCCAGCUUCUGUCCUCCAUGAUCAACAGCUUGGACGACAAGGAGGAUCCCCACAACCUGGUGGCCUUGGAAGCCAUGUGCAGCCUCUCCAAGAUCCUGGCCUUCACGGAAGAGAGCGACGUCCACGCCGUGCUGCUCCACGUCACCAUCCGAAUACGGCCCUUCUUUGACAGCGAGGAGGCCAACCUCCGCAAGGCCUCCAUCUUCCUCUUUGGGAACCUGGCCAAGUUCAGCUCCGGGAGUGGCGAGGACGCCUUCUUCGAGCAGAUCCUCUACGGCCUGGUGACCUUGCUGCUCCACCUCCAGGACCCGAAGCCAGAGGUCAUCAAGGCCUGCAAGUUUGCCUUGCGCGCGUGUGGGCCCAUCUUGGGCUGCGCUGGGCUGUGCGAGAUGUUCCAGAAGCACCUGCACGAGGAGUGGAGCCUCCACUACGGCGAGUUCAUGAACGACGCCUGCAAACACCUGAUGCAGAACUUCCCAGAAAUGCUGAGUCGUUUGGUCAGCAUCAACCUUUUCUACUUCAAGAGCAGCUGGCCCGACGUCCGAGCGGCUGCCCCCAUGUUUGUAGGCUUCUUGAUCCUCCACGCGGACCGAGAGCAGAGCCGGCAGCUGGACCUGGACGAACUGAUGGCGGGUGAGUGAGUGAGGGAGGGAGGGGCUCCCGUGGAUG